AUGUUGGAUCAUUUUUGGGACAUCACCGAAACGAAUGCGUUUAAGAUAAUCCUCUGCCUGUUUAUUUCCGCUUUGAUAAUUUACGGUGUGAGAAUCAGCUGUCUGGAUUUCAGUCAAGCCAAGAGAUCGAGUGCCGCAAGAGGAUUAAGCCCGUCUGCCGGUCCAGGUGGAUCGCUCAACACUUUUGACUAUGGAGCUAUUCGAGGUCCCCACAGCUGGAUUGUGCCUAGCAACAAUCAGAGCCCCAUCAACAUCGACCAACGAAGCAUGGAGAACAUUUACUUCGAAACACCGCUGGAGUGGACAAACCUGGAAAUUAUGCCCGCUGCCAUCCGCCUGGAGAACAACGGCCACACUCUGGUGCUGCGCGCCUCCUAUCCACGAUGUGUGCCCUCGAUUGGCGGCUGGGAUCUGCUGGGGCGCUUUGAACUUCGAGAGAUCACCUUCCGCUGGAGCUGGUCGAGCAACAUGGGCUCGGAGCACACCGUCGACAACCGCCACUUUCCGCUGGAGAUGCAGUGCCUCCACACGCUGUCGCAGACCUCGGGCAUUAUUUCUAGCCAGAAUGUUCUGAUGAUCUCCUACAUGUUCGAGGUGGGCCAGGACAAUCCUUACAUGGAUGUGCUCACCCAGCAUAUCGUGGCCAUCAAGAGGGCGGGCCGCUCUGUGGAGGUUUCCCCCUUCCCCAUCAGCUACCUCAUGACACCGUUCUACACAGAGUUCUUCAGCUACCAAGGGUCGCUCACGCAGCCACCCUGCCAUCGUGGAGUCGAGUGGCUCAUCAAUCCCCGUGCCCUGGCCAUCAGUGAACGUCAGCUGAACGCGUUCCGCCAACUGCGAAGCUACCAAGGCGCACACAUCGGCUUCAACGCUCGACCCGUGCAGCCACUCGAAGAUCGUACGGUCUUCUACAAUCUUUAUCGUAUUUGGCGAUAGCUCUCCCUAGGACAGAAUAUUCUGUUCCUAAACUCAGCACCAAACAUGAUAUGGAUGCUGGGAAUGAAUUCAGCAUUUCUGAUGCAUCAAUUCUCAAGUCUGCGAACAUCUAUCUAUUCCUUUCUGCAAGCAUCUCAGAGACAAUAUAUUUUAUAUACAAGAUCCGAUGGCAGGG